UUCUUGGGCCGGCCAAGGGCGCCGUCUGAAGCCCGCCCUCCUCCACCGAUGCCCGGCGGCGCUAUAGUAACGCUGCUGCGGUUUGAGAAGGCAGCGGACCAGACGAGCCACCUGUGCCAGGUGAGGGGCUGGCUUGGCGAUGGGGGGCAGUUCUGUCCUGGGGCACCUGGAGGCCAGGGGCAGGGCUGAUGCUCUCUAGGGAGGAGGGCUGGGAGAGGAAGGCCGUGCACUCCACACAUGCUCCGAGGCACUGCACAACAGCCUCCUGUCCAUCCCUCUCCUGAAGCGCAGCGUCGGGACCGAGGUACCCCUUUGCCCACACACGGGACACGUCUUGGAAUCUGGGAGCAAACGAAUUCGCGUCUUUGAAUUUAAUCGACCUAAAAAACUCCCCGGACCCCACCGCGCUUGCACAGCACCUCACAACUGCUUGAUGGGGCUCCUCCCCCUUUGUCAGGUUGGGUGGGACAGAAAUCCAACAGGUGCAGCAUCGGUCAGGAGCGUAGCAGCAGGCACGCGCGAGGCUCCAUCUGUUGAAUGUCUGCUCCAUGCCCUCCCGGCAAAGGGGCCGCAGCGCGCGCGCUGUGGGGCACAUUCCCCGAUGAGAAAGUUGAGCCGGCUCACUCGGUGGGGCUCGGGCUGCUACUCCGCCCGUGUCUGCCCCGUGCCGAAUACAGUACUGUAUCCGCCUGCAGCCCGAGCUCGAGGGCGGGGCGCUCCGCCGGGCAGAGGGGGCGCCUGCUCCUGCGCUGCAAACUUUGGGGAAGGGGCCGUAUCAGCCUGAGAAGGGGCGGCCUCUAGGACCCGGGAGCGCCACGGGUUGAGUCCGCGGGGGAGGCAGCCUGCAGCCGCCGCCACCCCAUUUUCUGCUGCCGGGCGGCGAUUGGUCCUGCCCGGCUCCCCCCAGCAGCCGCGGGACCCGGGAAAGAGGCGGGGGCGGCUCGGGCUCGCGCUCCUCCCCGGGUCCUGCCCCUCUCCUCCUCCUCCAGCAGUAGCAGCAAGCAUCGCAUCUGCUGUGCAAAGGGCCAUGGAGGCGGCCACCCCUGCCCGGCAGGAGCCCCCCGGAGCCCGGCCGUAGAGCGGCGGCGGCGGCCCCCUCCCCAUGAGCAACGCGGAGGCUGCGGAGCUGAAGCUGGAGGCUGCGGUUCAGAAAGUGGAAGACAGCAUCCUGAUCUCGGCAGAAGGGAAGAGCCUCUCUGUCAGGGGCUCCUGCGACGACUCUCCACCCACCCGCUUGCCAGCUAGGAUCCGGGAGAUCGUCACCAAGAACCUCUCGCAAAGCGAUUGCCAAGUGGCCUCCCACGCCGAGAUGUCGUCCUUGCUUUCCCUCCAGGAGGAGAACCGCAUCUUGCAGCAGGAGCUCUCCCGCGUGGAGGAUUUGCUGGCCCAGAGCCGGGCUGAGCGGGAUGAGCUGGCCAUCAAGUACAACGCCAUCAGUGAGCGGCUGGAGCAGGCGCUGCGCCUGGAGACGGGCGAGCGGGAAAGGGAGGCAUUGGAGAACAAGAGUUUGGCUCAGCAGAACGUGGAGCUGCGCCGGCGGCUGGAGGAAGAGCAGGCAGCCUACAAGAGGAAGCUCCAGGCCUACCAGGAGGGGCAGCAGCGGCAGGCCCAGCUGGUGCAGAAGCUGCAAGCCAAGGUUGUCCAGUACAAAAAGAAGUGUGGGGAACAGGAAGAGCAACUGCUUGAGAAAUCGACGGAGCUGGAGCAGCAGCGCCUAGUGAGCCGUCUGGACAUCACAGAGUCACGCUUGCGGCAGGAGGAAGAGCACAGCAGUGACCUGGAAAGCGCUCUCAUCCGGCUGGAGGAAGAGCAACAAAGGAGCACCAGCCUUGCCCAGGUCAAUGCCAUGCUGAGGGAGCAGCUGGACCAGGCGAACACGGCCAACCAGGCUCUCAGUGAGGACAUCCGGAAGCUGACGGCUGACUGGACCAAGGCCAGAGAUGAACUUGAGCAGCGGGAGGUGGACUGGAGGCGAGAGGAGGAGACGUUCAACGCGUACUUCCGCAACGAGCACAGCCGCCUGCUCACCCUCUGGCGGCAAGUGGUGGGCUUCAGGAGGCACUUUGGGGAGAUGAAGACCACAAUGGAGAGGGACCUCUCUGAGCUGGGCCACGAACUCUCCCGCUCCAGCCGCACGGUCCAUGCCGCCUGCCUGAACCUGAGCAGCAACCUGCGCCUGUCGGAGAGCAGCACCGGGGCCACCUUGGAGAAGCAGGCGCUGCUGAUGGCGCAGCUGGAGGAGCAGCUGAAGGACAAGGUCCGCGACAUGAUCCAGCUGCAGGUCCGCUGUGACAUGGAGAAGGCCGAGCUGGGCAACAGGAUCAACGAAGUCACGUCCAGCCUGGAGCGCUUGAAAGGCCAGAACACGGAGAAGACCAAGGCAAUUGAGGCGCUGACCCAGAAGCUGGAGAGUUUGGAAGCCUCCCAUGCGCAGGAACAGGCAGCGGCGGAGGCCGAGGAGGUGGAAGCCUUGCGGACAGAAUCUGAGUUGCUGCAGCAGACCCUGCGCGACCUCGCUCAGGCCGUGAUCUCCGACGCGGACAGUGCCGUCCACCUCCCGGCCAUGGAAACCUCAGACAGCGACGCCACCGGGCUCAGCCUGCGGGGCUUGUCCUCCAGCUUCCGGACGCCCUCCCCGCUGCGCCGUUCCUCCCCCCACCGCCGCAGCCUGUCCCCCAUCUUCCCAGACUCCACGCUGGCGGUGGUGCAGUCGGCUCUGCAGAAGCGCCAGCUGCAGCUUCAGGACCUCCGGGGGAAAUAUGAGGCUGCGCAGGACCUUGUGUCGUCCCUGAAGAGGCAGUUGGCAGAGAGCGACAAUGAGCGCCGUUCCCUGGAGCAGAAGAUCCUGCAGCUGAAGGGGGACCUGGACAGGCUGUCGCAAGCCAAGGAGGACGCGGCUCAUGAUGCCAACCGCUUUCGGUCAUCUGCGGAACUGCUGGGCAGCGAGAAGAUGAACCUGGAAAAAAACUUGCAGCUGUUGCAGCAGAAGCUGGAAUUCCUCCAUCAGGAAAAGGAGAAACUGCAGCUGGCCAACAGCGACCUUCAGCGACAGUGUGAUGGCCUGGAAGAGGAGAAAGAGGACAUCUUAAAGGACCAGGAACGGGCUCGGAAGGAAAUUGAGCGGAGUCGCAAACAGCUGGAGCAGCUGGAAGCAAAGAAGUCUGGCCUGAAGAAGGAACUUGUGCUGGUGAAGGAAGCCCUGAGCAAAGCCCUCCUGGAGAAGGAGGUCUCUGAGCAUGAGAAGGCCGAGGGGGAUGAAGCCCUGUCCAAGGUCGAGGCGAGCCGAGCUGAGCUGGAGCUGGCCUUGAGCCGCCUGAAGUCGGAGGAGUCCUCCCUGCGUGACUCGCUCUCCAAGAUGAGUGCCCUCAAUGAGGGGCUGGCACAGGAUAAGAUGGAGCUCAACCGGAUAAUCAUCCAGCUGGAAGAAGAGAAGGCUUCUCUCUUGGGGAAGAAGCAGGAAGUGGAACAGGAGAAAGCCACGAUCCGGGACGAGCUCGUGCGGCUGGAGCAGGAGAAGCUGGACCUGGACACAGAGCGCCACGGAUUGGGCCACUCCCUGCAGGCUGUGGAGCAGAGCCGGGCAACGCUGGAACAGGAGGUGCUGGUGCUGCAGAAGGAGAGAGGGCAGCUCCAGGAGCAGCUAGGACAGCUUUCCCGCCACAGGAGUGCAACCGGUGAGGAGCUGGGGCAGGUGCGCAGGGAGCUAGAACGCCACAGCGAAGCAUCUCUCCGGGCAGCCAGGGAGAAGGAGUCGCUGAUGAAGGAAAAAGCCAGCUUGGUGGUGCAGCUGGCAGCCUCGGAGCGAGAGAACCGGGGCCUGGCAGAGGAGAUCUCUGGCCUCAGGUCUGAAAAAGACGCCUUGGAGACGACCCUCUUUGAGAUCCAGCAGCACCUCGCCCAGCUGGAGACCCGGAAGGAGCAGCUGGAAGCCGAGAGGCAGGGCUUGCUCCAUGCCAAGGAAGCCUUGCAAGCGGAGCUGUCCGCUGUCCGCAAGGAGAUGGAGGCCGAGGUGAGCCAGCUGGAGAGGGACAAGGACCUGGCAGCCCAGAAGCUCAUUCAGACGGAGCAGGAGACCCAGGCCGCCUUGAGGAGUGCGCAGGCGGAUCACGAGGAGGACGUGGACUGUCUCCAGAGGGAGAAAGAAGCGUUGCGCCUGGAGCUGGAAGCAGAGCGCGAGGAGAUGCUGCAGCGGCUGAGCCAAGAGCGCGAGGAGAUCCUGGCCCGCCACGAGGCGGAGAAGGAGGAGCUGAGCGAGGAGAUCACCAGCCUCCAGCAGGAGCGGGACGAGGGACUCCUCCUGGCCGAGAAUGAGAAGCAGCAGGCGCUGUCUCUCAAGGAGUCGGAGAAGGCCAUUCUCCUGGAGAAACUUUCAGGAGUGCAGCAGAGCCUGGCCAGCGUCAGCCUGGAGGCGGAGAGGCACAAGCGAGACGCCCAGAGUCUGCAGGAGCAAGAGCGGAGCACCAUCAACGCCUUGAACUCGGAGCUGCGGGGCCUGCGUGCCCAGUUUGAGGAGGCCAUUUUGGGCCACGAACGGGAGGUGAAGGCCCUCCACGAACAGGCCAGGGAUCUGAUGAAACAGCGAGAGUCGGCCCUCCGUGAGGUGGAGGAGCUGAAGAUGCAGGUGCAGAUGCUGGAGGACGCGAGGGACCAGACCCGCCGGGAGUUGCUGGAGGCCCACCGCAAGUCGCGGGAGGCCCACGAGGCCCUGGAGGCUCAGCGCAAGGAGGCCGUGGACCUGCGGAGGUGCCUGAGCGAUGAGGCCAAGGAGAAGGAGGCCCUGCAGAGGUCCAAUGGGGAGCUACGAGUCGCUGUGAAGAGGGCCGAGAGCGAGCGCGUCAGUUUGAAGCGGGCCAACGAGGAGAAGGAGCAGAAAGUCGCCAUCUUGGAGGAGGCCCGGGCAGCUGUGGGCAAGGAGGCUGCCGACCUCCGCAGCAGCCUCCAGGACGUGGAGCGUUCGCGGCUGGAGGCCCGCCGGGAACUGCAGGAGCUGCGGCGGCAGGUCAAGAUGCUUGACAGCGAAAACACCAAGAAGAGUCAGGAGGUGGCUGAGCUCCAGGCCCGGGUGGCUCUGGAUGAGCAGCGGGACGAGGAGAGCAGGAGGGAGUCUUUCAGCCUCAAGCAGAAGAUCGUGGAGAGCGAAGCCACCCGGGAGUCGACCCGGAAGGAGCUCCUCAACCUGCAGAGGAGGAUCGUGGACUUGGAGGGCGAGUUCCGCCUGCGGGAGAGAGGCCUUCUGGGGAGCCUGGAGGAGGCCCGCGGCAACGAGAAGAAGCUGGUAGACAACGGCCGCAACCUGGAGAUCAAGCUGGAGAAGGCGCAGGCCGAGGGGGCCGAGCUCAGCUUGCGGCUGAGCGCCUCCGAAGGACGGGUCCACGGCUUGGAAGCGGAGCUCGCCCGCGUGGAGGGCCUGAAGCGCGACGUGGAGUUCAAGCUGGGCCGCCUCCACUCAGCCCUCCGGCGCACGAUGGGCAUCGGCCAUGGGGGCCGCGCCCCCAGCCCUGCCUUCAGGGCCCGUGGCGGCUCCCCCAAGAGACUCUUCUCCCCCCCGAAGGGGGACGUCCCCACAGAUGGGCCAGGCAGCCCCACGCCACAGGCAGGCAGCUUGGCCUCCCGUCCCCUCUCCCCAGAGCUCACUGGCUCCCCCAGCCGGAGCGAGCAGCUGGUAGCCGACAUCGACCCAGAGGUGGUGCGCUCCGCGCUCCGGGACUUCCUGCAAGAACUGAGGGAGACGCAGCGAGAGCGGGACGAAGCCCGUUCCCAGCUGGGCACCGUGAACGGCCAGCUGGCAGAGAUGGAGGCCGAGCGGGACGUCGCUGUGACUCGUGUGCAGCAGCUGCAGAAGCAGGUGGCCGAAUGCGAUGAAGGGAGGCGCAGUGCAGACGGGAAGCUGAGCGGCGCCCAGACGGCCCUGAUGCAGCAGGAGGAGACCCUGCGCCGGAACGAGAGGGAGCGCAAGGCCCUAGCGGACAGGCAGGCCGCAUUGGAGAGGAGCCUGCAGGCGGCCGACAGCGAGCGCAGGGCGACCCAGGAGAAGAUCGGCAAGAUGAAGGCCAGCGAGGCCAAGCAGGAGCUGGAGAAGCGUCGCCUCAAAGACAUCCUGGAUGCCUCCGAGAGCCGCAGCACCAAGUUGGAGCUCCUGAGGCGGUCGCUGGAGGGCGAGCUGCAAAGGUCCAAGCUGGUGCUGAGCGACCGCGAGGCGGAGAUCCAGGGGCUGCACGACAGAAUCGACGUCCUGCAGAGACAGGUGUCUGAGGCCGAGCAGAAAGCCAGCGCCUUGCAGUUGUCCUUAGACCGCCUCAAUCUCUCUCUGGCGAAGGCUACGGAGGCCGAGAGCUCCCUGAAGGAGAAGGUGCAGGGGCUCAGCGCCUCCCUCUCCGAGAGCCAAAGCAGCGCCAGCUCAGCCCAGGAGAAAGUGCUGCAGCUGCAGAAGGCCCUGACGGCCAGUGAGCACGACCGGAGGGUCUUGCAGGAGCGGCUGGAUGCGGCCCGCCAGGCCGUCUCGGAAGCCAAGAAGCAGAACGGGAUCCUCUCCGAGCAGCUCCAGGCGAUGAAGGGGCAGCAGGGGGAGCUGGAGCUGCAGAAGGAAGAGCUGGAGGGGCUGGUCAAGCAGCAGGAAGAACUGCUGCGGCAGAGCCAGGAAAGUGAGGCCAUCGGCCUGCGGAGCCUGCAGAAGGUGCAGGGGGACAGGCGCCUCUUCCAGGAGCGUGUCAGCAGCCUGCAGCGUGCCUUGGCGCAGCUGGAGAACGAGAAGCGGGAGGCAGAGCGCUCGUCCCUGCGCUUGGAGAAGGACAGGAAUGCCCUCAGGAAGACCCUCGACAAGGUGGAGCGGGAGAAGCUGAAGACCCACGAGGACUCUGUGCGCCUCUCUGCCGAAAAGGACCGCCUGGACAGGUCCCUCACCGGUGUGGAGCAGGAGCUGACGGAGGCUCAGCAGCAGAUUCGUCUCCUUGAGGCACAGGUGGCAGAGUUGGAGCAGGUCCAGACCAGGGCGGACUCCUCAACCCGACAUCGGCAGGACCUACAGCUGGAGGCUGAGCGGCUGCGCAGCUCUCAGCUCCAGGCAGAACAUACCUUGGAUGCCCGGGAGCGGGCCCACCGGCAGCGGGUCAAAAGCCUUGAGGAGCAGAUCUCCACCCUGAAGGAGCAGCUGCACCAGGAGGUACGGAAGGGCCAAGCCAAGUUCACCCCAGCAUCCAUCUUCUCGGCACCCUGAACAGCUCCUUGGUCUCCAGACUCCACUGGCGGGGGGGGGGGGGGAGGUAGAGGCCUGUGUCCCCCCUCCUUACUACUAAACAAGCUAACCAUCAUUUGGCCAGCCUGCUUCUGGGAUUUGCAAACCUCUCCGUUGAUUUGUGUAAAAGACAAAUGACAGGGUUUCUUUCUCUCUUUUUUGGCCAUUUGUUUAGAUCUGACUGAUUCAAAUUAAUAGGCUGAAGUUCAUUCAUUCCAGUGGGUCUACUCUGAAUAGGACUAAUGUUGGCCACAAGCCACUGUUUUUAUUUUAAUUGACGCCUCUUCGGGCUGCAUCUGAAACUCCUCCCUUCGGCUCAGCGUUGCAAAGAGAUGCAUUUUGACGCAGAGUUUGUUUUCAAAUAGCGCUAUUCUCCCCACCCCACCCCAGUGGGCGGCUGGGGGACUUGUGAGGGUGCAGGAAGAGGGGCCUGAGCGGAGACACAUGUCAAUCCGUCUAGGCUGACGUUUCCUCCCUUUCUUAAAUGUGACCAAGGUGGUGGUUGUAUUGUUGUUGUUUUUUACCAAAAUGCACACACUAAUUGUGUAUGUAUAUAUUUCUCUUUCUUUGGUUCUUUGUGUAUCCAUUAAUCAACGAACGUAGAAAGUUAUAUUUUUAUAUUUCUGGUGGUGUUUGUUAUUAUGGAUAAAUGUGAACAAGAAUUAAAAAAAAAACCUCCUCUUCUCACAC